UCAUGGGAGUUGUGGUGGCCAUCUGUGAGGCAUGCAAUGCUUUGACCUUUCAGUGCACCAGGUGUCAUCAAUCAACUGCAACUCCAGUAACUUGCAGAACUCUGUCUGACGGAGAGAGAGAUUGGCUUCGUAAAAGAUAGAGAAUGGUGGAGUAAGAAUCGCAGCCAUGGCGAAGAACUGUCAUAACGACUACAAAAUGAAAUUCUCAGGGGACGAGGAGUUCCCCGAUCUGUCCCUGCACAACAACCACAUGGCCAAGGUGCUGACCAAGGAGAUCUAUGGAAAGCUGAGGGGAAAGUCCACUCCCAGCGGCUUCACCGUUGAUGACGUCAUCCAGACUGGUGUUGACAAUCCUGGUCACCCCUUCAUCAUGACCGUGGGUUGCGUUGCUGGUGAUGAGGAGUCCUAUGAGGUCUUCAAGGAUCUGCUGGACCCCAUCAUCUCCGACCGUCAUGCCGGAUACAAGCCCACCGACAAGCACAAGACCGACCUGAACUUCGAGAACCUGAAGGGUGGUGACGACCUGGACCCCAACUACGUGCUGUCCAGCCGCGUUCGUACUGGCCGCAGCAUCAAGGGAUUCACCCUGCCCCCCCACAACAGCCGUGGAGAGCGCAGAGGCAUUGAGAAGUUGUCCAUUGAGGCCCUGGCUACUCUGGAUGGUGAGUUCAAGGGAAAGUACUACCCCCUGAGCGGCAUGACCGAUGCAGAGCAGGAGCUGCUGAUCAAUGAUCACUUCCUGUUCGACAAGCCCGUGUCCCCCCUGCUGACCUGCGCUGGUAUGGCCCGUGACUGGCCCGAUGGCAGAGGCAUCUGGCACAACGACAACAAGACCUUCCUGGUCUGGGUGAACGAGGAGGAUCACCUGCGUGUGAUCUCCAUGCAGCUGGGAGGCAACAUGAAGGAGGUCUUCAAACGCUUCUGCAUUGGCCUGCAGAAGAUUGAGGCCAUCUUCAAGAAGCACAACCACGGCUUCAUGUGGAACGAGCAUCUGGGCUACGUCCUGACCUGCCCCUCCAACCUGGGAACUGGCCUGCGCGGUGGUGUGCACGUCAAGCUGCCCAAGCUCAGCACACAUGCCAAGUUCGGGGAGAUCCUGACCAGGCUGCGUCUGCAGAAGCGUGGCACAGGUGGUGUGGACACAGCCUCCGUGGGUGGUGUGUUCGAUAUCUCCAACGCUGACCGUCUGGGCUCCUCCGAGGUGGAUCAGGUCCAGCUGGUGGUUGACGGUGUCAAGCUGAUGGUUGAGAUGGAGAAGAAGCUUGAGAAGGGAGAGUCCAUCGACGGCAUGAUCCCCGCCCAGAAGUAAAGUGGACAGACAACCAGUGACUGAAUGACUGUCUGCGUUUGUCUUUUUUACAUGAUAAAAAAUGAACAGGUAGCCUUGUUGUAAAGUUAUAUCUGGUUUCGGCCAACUACCUACUUUCUACUUAUUUCUUUCCGUCAAGAAGACACUCCACUUUUCUCUCAACUCUUUCCUUUCUUACUCAAUUCUGUCAACUUUACUCAUCACCAAAUGUCUUUGGUUCCUACUUUCCUGCCACUUUAAUCACAUCUCUCCCCAUCUUCUCUUUAACAUCCUGGGAUCAAUCCAUGCAUAGUCUGCAACUGCUAUGCACUGAAAGAAAAUGUUUUUUUGGUUGUUUAAAAAUAACUGGACAAUUAAAUGAU